AUGAGUGAAAGUAGUUCAUCUGCCCAAAUCUCAAACACUAAAAAAUGUAGUACUUGUCAUUUGAUAAAACAAAAACAAGUAUUUUUGCGAUGUUGUGAUGAUAAUCCACAAUAUGAAUAUGAUACCUGUAAUUUAUAUAAUACAAGACGUAGUAAAAAGAGAAAAGAAGUAAAUCAAACAAAUAAAAUUCAAACAGAAACUGGCCUUAAUAUAAUAGUUCUAACUGUUAGUACUUCUAGAACUAAUGCUUCAGAUUUUCUUCAAAUCAAAAAUAUUCUUAGAGACCAUGAAUUUCGAAAUGCUGAGUUAUUUGAUGAACCUGUAAAAUUUGCUUUUGAAAUUGAAUUAGAUUUGGGGCUUUUAAAUGCUGUUGCACUUAACUAUGAUCUUAAGACUGAUUCAUUCAAUUUAGAACAAAUUAAAAAUAACUUUAUUCAACUUAUAAAAAUCCUUAUUUUACCUUUAGAAUCUGGUAUAAUUACUUCAGAAGCAAAUUAUGUUAAAGAUCCUAUUGUAAAAAGUAACUCAAGUAAUUUACAAAAUAUAUCAGUAAUAACACAGGAAAAUCAAAUAGAAAAAAGACAAGAACAAUAUAUCUACUAUGCAAAGAAAUUUGAAAAAGCAUUAGAAUUGUAUAAAAGAGAAAUAGAUAAUGACAAUUUUGUAAAAAAUUUUGAUACCCUAGUCAGGCCAUUUGUAAAAGCAGUUGGUGAAUGCGAAGAAGUCUUGCAGGCUCGUAAUCAGCAAGGCACUCAAAA